GCUCAGGACUUGUCGUCGCUGCCAUGGUGUCUUCGUUUCCUCCAUCUCCAUCUCCCAGCAUUUGAGCACAUGGACAAGAAGCUUGCUGAAAACCUUUCGUCGUUGUGAUUUCUGCAAAUUUAUCAUCAAUGGCACCAACUGUCGCCGUCCUCGCCGGACUGCGUGCCUUCCGAACCAAGCGCGCAUCUCCCGCAACCAUGUCCCCAUCAGGAGGGUUGGUUCGCCAGCUCCACGCGUGCAGACCUAACGAAGUGCGCGCUUCUGGAAGCCGAUACUACAGUAAUGAUUACAUUCAUGCGGAGAGCAUGUACAAUUUGACGGCGAUGUCCGGUCGCAGUGUGAAGUUUGGAGCGCUUGUGUGGGGCGGCGUGCUGACGGGGAUCCUCGUUCCUCUGUGCGCUUGCAAUUUUCAACAGCGAAAGCCAAGAGGAGGUAGCUCUCGUUUCUUCAAUUUCAUGCAUGCAUAGGCAACAAGUUUGAGGUGGAAGGGCUGUAUUUCUUUUUUUGAUUCAGCGUAUGUAACAUGGAUACAAAACAAGCCUCGAGAGGCAAACACUCUGACAUGGACAAAUAUACAGACAGAGAAUGAUUCAUUGAUGCAAAAACCAAGUAAAAUAUUCUAUUAAGAAACCCAUCCAAAUUGCAAAAAGAAACAAUUAUAUUGUAUUGCUCACAUAUUAAACUUCGAUUAAUUUAUAUAUAUCUCAAUUACGCCA